AUGCUUUCCAUCCAUCUGCCAUCUGUUUUACAUCCGGCGACUAUGGAUGCGGGCAAAAAGAGCGCGCUCUUCGUCGGGAUACUAACGCUCCUCGGGCUUGCCCACUUUGCCCUCGAAAUCGGCAAGAUAUACGACCCCCGCUCUCCUUGA